CACUGUGCAGACCUAGCGCUUGCCUUUGUUCGCGACAUAACAAUCCUCGAACAGAUGGUGCUCUGCUUGAGUGAGAAUGACCAGCACCAUCCAGCAGCCAAUCGGAAGCAGCUGACUCGUUUGGACAGCGCCAGGUGCUGUUCUCAUAUUUUCCUUGGAGGGGGACUAGGUUACGGUCGAAGAGUAGAAUAUCCGCAGACAACUAGUCAGUGAGGUUGCAGGUGGCGUUUCGAAGCGUUUGGAUGUCUCUGCAAUCUACACCAUGCUCUCCUCAAGGUUAUUGACGCAUAGAGGUGAAGGCUAUUUGCACAAACCUUAAACUACUGAUGUCCAAAUAUACGGGAUGCAACUGAGAAGAGAGGGGCUUGCAUUUCAAUGAGACUCACCUUGCAGUCCUGAGGUAUUGAUGAAAGAAAAACUCUGAACAGUGGGAGACUCACUGUAACACUGGAACUGUUUCAUUGGAACCCCCUGUGCAUAUUUUUCUGUCUGGAUCAUUUCAGAGGGAUACAACUACAAGUCAACACCCCCUCUGGUUAAUGACAAUCACACAACUCCCUCCAAGUUCAUUUACCCCUUCUGGUGUCCAACCCUGUGGGUUUAGACAGGUGAACGCAGACAGACAGCAUGGCUAGAGGGAGGUUUAUCUACUGUCUACUAGGCCAGUUGUUCACUGGCCUGAUUCUGUCGUCCGUUGGACUAUCCUCCAUCCAGAGAGAUAAUGAUUGUCCCCAGCAGUGUGUGUGCGAGAUCCGACCCUGGUUCACCCCUCAGUCCACCUACAGAGAAGCCACGACGGUGGACUGCAACGAUCUCCGUCUCACACGCAUCCCAGGCAACCUGUCCAGUGACACGCAGGUGCUCCUCCUGCAGAGCAACUACAUCGCCAGAACCAGUGAGGAGCUGGAGCAGCUAUACAACCUGACAGAGUUGGACCUGUCUCAGAACAACUUCAGCAGCAUCCGUGAUGUGGGCCUCAGCAACAUGUCCCAGCUCACCACCCUGCACCUGGAGGAGAACCAGAUCAUUGAGAUGCCUGACUACUGCCUGCAGGACCUCAGCAACCUGCAAGAGCUCUACAUCAACCAUAACCAGAUCAACAUUAUCUCCCCCAAUGCCCUCUCUGGCCUGCACAACCUGCUCAGGCUCCAUCUAAACUCUAACAGGCUCAAGGCCAUCGACAGCCGCUGGUUUGAGUCCACGCCCAAUCUGGAGAUCCUCAUGAUCGGGGAAAACCCUAUAGUUGGCAUUCUGGAGUUUAACUUCAAGCCUCUUGUAAACCUGAGAAGUUUGGUUCUGGCUGGAAUGGAUUUAACAGACAUUCCUGGAAAUGCCUUUGUGGGACUAGAUAACCUAGAGAGUCUCUCCUUCUAUGACAAUAAGCUAGUCAGAGUUCCUCAAAACGCUCUUCAGAAACUACCUAACCUCAAGUUCUUGGACUUGAACAAAAACCCUGUGCACAAAAUUCAAGAGGGGGACUUGAAGAACAUGCUGAGGCUGAAAGAGCUGGGAAUUAACAACAUGGGGGAGCUGGCAUGCAUUGACCGCUUUGCCCUCGAUAACCUCCCUGAGCUCACCAAGCUGGAAGCCACUAACAACCCCAAGUUCUCCUACGUGAACCGCCAGGCCUUCCGUGACCUCCCCGCCUUGGAGAGUCUCAUGUUGAACAACAAUGCCCUUAACGCCCUCUACCAGUCCACUGUGGACUUCCUGCCCAACCUGCGUGAGAUCAGUAUCCACAGCAACCCCAUGCGAUGCGACUGCGUCAUCCAGUGGAUGAGCUCCAACAAGACCAGCAUCCGCUUCAUGGAGCCCCUCUCCAUGCUCUGUGCCAUGCCAGCCGAGGUCAGAGGGCAGCAUGUGAGGGAGGUGCUCCAGCAGGACUCAGCGGAGCAGUGCCUGCCGAUGAUCUCCCACGACACAUUUCCCAACCACCUGAACCUGGACAUCGGCAUGACUGUGGAUCUGGACUGCCGAGCCAUGUCCCAGCCCGAACCGGAGAUCUACUGGGUCACGCCCAUGGGGAACAAGGUGAUGAUGGACACCAUGUCUGAGAAGUACAGCCUCAGUAGCGAAGGAACGCUGCGCAUCUCUCACAUCCAGGUAGAGGACUCUGGCAGGUACACCUGUGUGGCACAAAAUGUUGAGGGGGCAGACACUCGGGUGACUGCUGUUAGGGUGAAUGGUACUCUCUUAGACAGCACCCAGCUGAUGAAGAUCUAUGUGAAGCAGACUGAGUCCCACUCUAUCCUUGUCUCCUGGAAGGUCAACUCCAAUGUCAUGACCUCCAACCUCAAGUGGUCAUCUGCCACCAUGAAGAUAGACACUCCCCACAUCACCUACACAGCCAGGGUCCCGGUGGAUGUCCAUGAGUAUAACCUCACACACCUACAGCCUGCCACCGAGUAUGAGGUGUGUCUCACCGUCUCCAACAUCCACCAGCAGACGCAGAAGUCCUGUGUCAACGUCACAACGAAGCACGCAGCCUUUGCUGUGGAGAUAUCCGACCAAGGCACUAACACUGCUUUCGCAGCUGUCAUGGGAACCAUAUUCGGCAUCAUCAGCCUGGCCUCUAUGGCUGUGUACAUUGCCAAGCGGUGGAAGAGGAAAAACUACAAUCACUCCCUGAAAAAGUACAUGCAGAAAACAUCCUCCAUCCCACUCAAUGAGCUCUACCCUCCCCUCAUCAACCUGUGGGAGGUAGACAGUGAGAAGGACAAAGAGGUGUCCUCCUCCUCAGAGACCAAACCCAGCCAAGUGGACACUACACAGAGCUACUAUAUGUGGUGAUAGCUACUGGGUCGUUCCACCAAUUCGGUGCCUUUGGGAGAAGUGUAACUUGGUAAAAAAAACAACGUUUGAUUUCACCUAAUAUUAUCAUUCUGUCAUAAAGAGCACAUGUUGAACUUCAUUAAAAACACAUUUUCUCAUCUCAAAAGGUUAAAUAAAAAAUUACUAUGGUAAGUGUCUCUUAAGUGCCAAAUUAAGUAACAGGGUUGACGGUAACAGGGUUGACAAUUUCAUCUAAUAUCAGCCAUAAAUCCCCUUGUGACAGGGUGUUGUGUACAACAAGUGUUUUGUGUACAACAGGGAAUGCAAGCUUCACAACAAAAUUGAAGUUGUUAAAAAUGUUCUAGCCUGUCUAUUGAAAACACGCUCAGUUUUCAACCCGCUCAGUUGUCCACCCGCUCAGUUGUCCACCCCAAAACACCAGAGAAUGGCCAAAAAGAGUAGAACCAGCUCACCUGCUUUUACACAUUUUUAUAUAUAUAUAAAAGGAGGGUUCAGUUUACGUAACAAUGUUGACCUUAAAAAUAAGGGACAGAUGAAAAUGAAUCACUAAUCACAUUGAAUAAAUAAUAAUCUUUAGAAAUGACUUUGUCAAAUUAACAACAGCAAAAAAAUAUAUAACUUUACAAUGAUGGUGAAAACUUGGAGAAAUGUUGGGGUUAAGUGGGUUAUCUUCAGGUCACAGAGUCAGGUCACAGAGUCAGGUCAGGUCACAGAGGGUGCACAGAGUCAGGUCACAGAGUCAGGUCAGGUCACAGAGGGUGCACAGAGUCAUGUCAGGUCACAGAGUCAGGUCACAGAGUCAGGUCAGGUCACAGAGGGUGCACAGAGUCAGGUCAGGUCACAGAGAGUGCACAGAGGGACAUGUCAAAAUGCUGAAUUGUUUUACUUUAGCAAGUCUUUAUUCAUAUUGAAAAUCAGAUUCUCCAUGUGGUCUAUAUUAAUAAAGGGCACUUCAUUUAAUAAACAGAAUUUCAAAAUUAAAUAUUGUUGCACAAUUUCUACUUAAAAUAUCAAAGGGAUGCAAAAGGCACUCAUUUCGUGGAAUGACCCCACUACAUGGUGAAAGAUACUUCAUGUGGGGUAAAUCAGAAAUCAUUUUCUUAUAGGAGCACAACGUCAUUUCUUUCGCUUCUUUGUGUGAGAGUAAUAUUACUUUUUUUCUUCUGUUUUCUACUUUGCUCAUAUGAGGCGAAGGACUGACUAGUAUUUCAGACUUUUUAGCAUAGUGCAUUGCCUUUCUUCUCUUGCACCCUUUUUGACACUCAAUAUGACAACUUUGUUUAGCUCCCAGGACUUGGUAGUCACUGUGCUUUAUUUUUAGUACUUGUUUUGAUAGCACAGCAUGGGUAUUGUAAAGGAUUCAGCCUGGAUCAGCUUGCAGGAGCUGGAAUUGGAUCCAUUUAGAUUUCUUUCUCUGGCAGUAUUCUUAGAGAACGCAAUGUUUUUUUUCUCGUAAAACAGUUUAACUGUUAACUGUUGUGCACUGAAAUAUAUAAACCAAUUUGUCUAUGGACUCCAAUAUAAACUGACAAAGUACGUUUAGACUUGAUAUACUGUCUAUUGAAUAACGUUAGCAAUCGUUCUGUAAUGUUGUAUCAACUAUAAUUUGAACAACUAUUUUGACAUUAGUAAACAUUAUUUUUUAUUUAGAACUUACGUUUGCAGAGAAAACACUGUAAACCAGCAAUAUAAAUAUGAAUGUUUAUUAACUAGGUAAGUAGACAUAAGGCUUUUUAAAUUCUCAGAAUAUUUUAUUUUAUUUUGCUAGAAUCUGUCAACGAUCACUGAUUUUGUUGUGAUUUACACACGCAAAUAUGUUGUAUAUUGAGGAACAAGCAAAAAUAAAUGUAUUUUCCUCAUAUUUUUUAUACGA